CUUCCUUGUACACACAGAUAGAGGAACUGGCCGUUUUGCGGCUGGUCUUGGUCCACAUCCUCUACAGCUUUACUUAAUAACUUUAAAAUUAUGAUUUGACAGAAAACAAGCGACAACUUUGCAGAGCUGAGAGUAAAUUAUUCCACUUACAGGCUGCAGAAAUGGCUCGUCAGGGGCAGCAGGGGGAGAUGACGGAGUACAAGAAGAGCCUGAUCAAGCGGGACCUGGAGAUGGGUGUUGUCAUGACGGUGUUCCGGCAGAAGGCGGAGCGGCUCACCGUGCAGGUCAUCAUGGAAACCCGGCAGGUGGCGUGGACACGCACCGCAGACAAGACCGACGGCGUCCUGGACCUGUUUGAGAUCAGAGAGAUCCGUCCAGGGAGAAACUCCAAGGACUUUGAGCGCUUCAAAGAUGGCAAGGACAAACAUGAAGAAAACACCUGCUUCACAAUCUUCUACGGGUCCCAGUUUGUCCUCAGCACCCUGAGUCUGGGAGCUGAUUCUGUGGAGGAUGCAGAAAAAUGGCUGAUGGGAUUGGAGUUGCUGAGGCAGGAGACACUGGCGGCCCCGACUCCGGCUAUCAUAGAAAGCUGGUUGAGAAAGCAGAUGUACUCUAUCAAACAAACCAAGAAGAACAGCAUCUCCAUGAAGGAGCUGAAGGCCCUCCUCCCGCAGCUCAACUACAAGGCCCCGAGCAGUCGCUGCCUCAAGGAGAAGUUCUUGGAAGUGGGAGCAAAGAAAGACCACCUGGACUUCGAACAGUUCCACAAAUUGUAUAACCUCAUAAUGUUUGAACAGAAAGAUAUCCUGGAAGAGUUCAAAAAGGAAUCAUGUGCUUUCAUUAUGGGUAGCACAGAUAAGCCUGAUGCCUCGGCUGUCCUGCUUCAUGACUUCCAGCGAUUCCUCCUCUACCAGCAGAAGGAGUCAUGGGCCAAUGAUCUAAAUCAGGUCAGAGAGCUCAUGACCACCUUUAUUGACGACACCAUGAGAAAAACCAAUGACCCUGAGUUCACUGUCAGUGAGUUUCUCAGUUUCCUGUUCUCCAAAGAAAACACUGUUUGGGAUGAGAAGUUCUCAGAGAUCUGCACCCUGAACAUGAACAACCCGCUGUCUCACUACUGGAUCAGCUCCUCACACAACACGUACCUGACAGGUGAUCAGCUGCGUAGUGAGUCCUCCACUGAGGCCUAUGUCCGCUGUCUGCGCCUGGGAUGCCGCUGUGUUGAAUUGGACUGCUGGGAGGGGCCCGGGGAGCCCAUCAUCUACCACGGCUGGACCAGGACAACCAAGAUCAAGUUUGAGGACGUGGUGAAAGCCAUCAAUGAGCAUGCCUUUGUCACCUCCGAGUACCCAGUGAUCCUGUCCAUAGAGGAGCAUUGCCCUAUUGAGCAGCAGCGUCAGAUGGCUCGAAUCUUCAGAGACGUGUUUGGAGACAAGCUGCUGACUGAACCUGUGGAGCAGAUGGCCGAGCAGCUCCCCUCACCCACACAACUGAAGGGCAAGAUCAUACUGAAGCACAAAAAGCUGAGCAUGGAGGGAGGAGGAGGAACCACCAAGGACUUCAGGAAGGGGGAGAAACAGGGAGACCUGGAGAUCUGGGAUCCCGUUGAUGAGAGGUGGAACAAUCACUACUGUGUGAUCUCAGAUGACAAACUGUACUAUGCAGAGGAAUACGAGGAGGAGGAUGAAGACCCCAAGAAGUACCAGGAUCUCCACUGUUCAGAGCCCUGGUUCCAUGGUCGCAUGAAGGAAGGCCGGCAGAUGGCAGAGCGGCUGCUCCAGGAGUUUUGUGCUGAUUCUGGGGGAAGAGAUGGCACCUUUCUGGUCCGAGAAAGUGACACUUAUGUCACCGACUUCACUCUCUCCUUCUGGCGCGGUGGCAGGGUCCAGCACUGUCGUAUUCGUACCGGUUCAGAUGGGGGAUACACUUAUUACUUCCUGACGCCCAAUCUGCACUUUCCCAACGUGUACUCCCUGAUCCAGCAUUACCGAGACAACCCUCUGCGCUGCCAGGACUUUGAGCUGCGCCUCACUGACGCCGUGCCACACCCCAACCCACAUCUACAAGAAGGGUGGUUCUACAGUAACCUGAGCAGGGGCCAGGCAGAGGAUUACCUGCUGAGGAUUCCCAGAGAUGGAGCUUUCCUCAUCCGACAGAGAGAGGGAGAGCCGGACUCCUACGCCAUCACAUUCAGAGGCGACGGUAAGGUGAAACACUGCCGGAUCCAGAGGGAGGGCAACAUGUACCUGCUCGGCACCACCACAGAGUUUGAGAGCCUGGUGGAGCUGGUCAACUACUUCAGGAAGAAGCCGCUGUACCGCAAGAUCAAACUUCGCUACCCGGUCACCCCUAAGCUGGUGGAGCGCUUCAGCGAGGAGAAAGACUGUGCCUCGCUGUACGACAUCAAGACCUACGUGGAGCCCAACGAAAUCGAGCCAUCAAUGCCUCAAAGCACUGUUAAAGCCCUGUAUGGCUACCAGGCCAAAAGGCAUGAUGAGCUGACCUUCUGUAAAGGAGCUCUGAUACACAACGUGUCCAAGGAGAAUGAUGGCUGGUGGAAAGGGGACUACGGUGGAAAGCUACAGCUGUUCUUCCCCGCCAACUAUGUCGAGGAGGUGUGCAACAACGCCAAGCCUGAAACCAAAUUACAGGAAAUGCAAGACAACCCGCUGGGUGAACUGUGUAAGGGCAUCGUGGAUAUUUCCAAAUGCAACAUUCAAAACUUGAAGAACGGUAAAAAUGGGAAGCCCCACGUGCUGACCCUGCAGGAGAUGGAGCAGGACAGCCUGCAGUUUGACCUGGCAGCCGACACCCUGGAGGAGCUGUUUGAGUGGUACAAGGUGGGAUGGGACAUCACCCAGAGGGAGAUGAACAAGCAGUACCAGCGGAAACAGGAGAUCAAGCAGCAGGAGGAAGUGGAGAAGAGGGCAGAGGUUGCUAUGGAGAUGUCAGACAUGGUGGUCUACUGUCAGCCACGCAGCAAAGACAAGGACUGCUUUGAGAGCUACAGCUACAAAGAGAUUCGCUCCUUUGUGGAGAACAAGCUGCCGGUUAAGAAUCCAAGCAACUUCCUGCAGUACAACCGCAAGGCCCUGAGUCGGAUCUACCCAAAAGGCCAGCGCGUGGAGUCCUCAAACUACGACCCCUACCCUCUGUGGGCCAGCGGCUGCCAUAUGGUGGCGCUCAACUUCCAGACUGCAGACAAAUACACCCAGCUGAACACGGCCCUGUUCAGCCUGAACGGAAACACGGGUUACGUGCUGCAGCCGGAGCUGAUGCGCUCUGAUAGCUAUGACCCUUGCCCGCAGAAGAAGAAAGUCAAGUACCACAUCGCGGUCAGGGUGAUCGCGGCCAGGCACCUUCCAAGGCUGGGCCGGAGCAUCGCCAGCCCGUUUGUAGAGAUUGAGCUGUGUGGACACACCAAUGAAAGCAAAUCCAAGACCAUCGUCUAUCGCGACAACGGUCUGAACCCGGUGUGGAAAGCUCCAGCAGGGCCGGUGGUCCUCGAGGUGAGCGAGCCGGAGCUCACCUUCCUCCGCUUCGUGGUCAACGAGGAGGACAUGUUCUCAGACCCCAACUUCCUGGCUCAGGCAACAUUUCCUGUCAAAGGCAUCCGCUCUGGUUACCGCUCAGUUCCUUUAAAGAACGGCUACAGUGAAAACCUGGAGUUAGCCUCUCUGUUGAUCUACAUCAAUGUACAGCAAGUGGAGAAAGCAGAGGAGGAGCUGUACUCGUCCUCCAGUCAGCUGCGGAAGAAGCAGGCAGAGCUGAACAGCGAGCCCUUCCUGUACAGCACACACACCAGCAUCCCAGCCCCGCGCUCGGCCCUGCCGCCCCAAAACACCCUCAUGAGGGAACACAGCACCAGCGAGAAGCAGAGGGCAAAAGAGAAGAAAAUAAACAACAGCAAGUUCUAUUCCUGAGGAUGAACCGGAGCCUGACUUUGCUGCCACGUCCUCCCUCCCUGUCUCGUGAUGAAAGCAUCGCCGGUCCCCUCUAGUCUCCAGUCUGAGUCCAGGGAGGAAGUAAACAUGCACCGUGAUGUGUCUGAUUUGAGUUAAGGUUGUAUACAUUUUCAGAUUUCCACCCCUAGCCUUUCCAGCUCAGCAGUGUGGUUGUGUGCAGCGUGAUGCUGGUGCAGCUUUGUCUGGAAUCACUGUGGAGCCCGUCCUUUGAGACCGUGUGAAACAACCCACAGCCCGUCCACCAAGUCUCUGAAACACCAUUCAAACCAUCAUGGGACUCUGAAACUCUUCAUUCAAACCAGUACAAAUAAAUGUAUAAUUUAUUUCUGUAGCACUUGAACUUAUAAUCAAUUCAUGUGCCUCUUAAAAACUAUAUUUAUAUACUAUCAUAAUAAAAAAAAACACCCUAAUAACUUGUUGCUAUUUUGUGGAAUUUGCAUUAGAGGCAAUUGAAGUCAGCACUGCUACAAACAGCUGUUGCAUUUCAGGGUUUAUGCUGUUGUUUGGUGAUGUGUGUUUUUGUUAUUCCAUGUGGAGAAGUGGCUACAUCGAUUCUACAAGAAAUGCCUGUCAAACCACAUCACAAGCAUCAUAUCAGAGGUAGACGGCCUUGACUAGUUAAUAUUUAUUUUGAAUGAAAGGCAUAUAUCAGCUUCCCUCUCUGCUACUGCUGUGUAUGAACCACUAGGAGAUGUUUUUCAGUUUGAAAACGCUGCUUUUACAUUUCAAAACGCUGUCAAAACUAUGUCACUUUUAUUUCUCAGUGUAAGCUCGUCCUUCCUGCAAACUAUGUGUGAACACAAGACACAGAGAGAGUGUGCGAAUAUUAUUAUCGUUGUACUGAUUGUGUUGUGUAACACAGGGCAUUGCAAUUUUGCAGCCGUUUGUCAUGAAGCUUGGGUUGGAUUAAUCUUUUUGUGGCUGAUGUUUUGUUCAACUAUUAUUUCAUGUUUUUCCCUCUCAGUACGAUGCUGUGUUUCUGAAAGUGAUGCUAGAGUUAAUUUUGUGGGGAAAACACUCCCUCAUUUGAGUUAUAAUACCAAUAUGCGUGAUUCCUUGUAACAUUUGAAAGAAUUGAGUCAAUAAAGUAUGCUUGUGGUCA